AUGAAGACCGCCGCUAGCUUGUCAUGGGAAGAUGUCCUGUUGGGGAAGUUGGAAUCCAUUUGUAGUAUAUUUGACAACAUCUACCUGUUGAAGAGUUUGGGAAUCAUCAGCAAAGAAAACUUCCUCUAUAGGAAACUCAACAAAGGGAACGUUGGCUCCAAAGUAUGGUUUCUCACACUAAUUCUAUCCAUACGGAAAAACCUAAAGAGACUUGUCAGGCUGGUACAGACGAGGUUCAAACUGGUGUUCGAGAUUGAACAGAUAUUGAGGCAGAAGAAAUUGGACGACUCCCUAGUCAAUAACGUGGUUUUGAACAAAUUGUCCACUAACCUUAGGAAAUGCCAUUUCAUGAUAAUAGAUACAUUCCUGGAUCUAGCUCAGCUACUAAUAUACCUCUUCAUAGUCUCUGGUGACUGCUUCAAUAUCCCACCGAGAUUCAAAAAGUUCAAAAAAUAUUUGGGGCCCAUGUCAAACGUUGUCACUAUAUUGCGAAUGUUGGUCAGUGUCUAUACAACGAUAUAUUGA